AUGGCAAUUCGCUGGCUUGCUGUUCUGUGCGCUUGGGCGCUUAUAGCGCAAUUUGCUCUUUCAUUGCCCGCGGAAGAAUACCCUGAAGAAUUUGAACUCGAUGAACCCGAGGGUAAGAAGUAGAUUUUUUAAGCUUAAAAUGAUGCCUUCGAAUCUCUUCAAACGAUUUGCAAAUAAACUGAAUGAACGAAGGAACUCUGCACUUGUACACCUAUAUCAGUCACACACUGACUAGAGGGCAAUUAAUGUUUUGUAACAUAAGUACCUCUCUUGCAACUCCAUACUGUGCUUCAGAAAAGUUGUUGAGUCAACUGAGUUUGGUAGGAAGUUGAAUAGAUGGAACCAACUGGUUCGUGAGAUGAAAAAUAUUGGUUUUUGUUCUGGGAUAUCCCAGAAGAUACGCUGGCUUUUACUUUUACGUUAGUAUUUUACUCAGAUGAUUUACAUUAAGAGCCUGAAAAUCAAGGAAACUCAACCUUGAUCUGAUACAAGAUUAACUCACCUUCAGACACUUAAAAUUGAAAGUUUCGAAUUAUUCAAUGACAAAAGGCAAAAAAUGUGUUAUACUGUUACUCUGUCUUCUUAAUCUAACAACUAUAUUUUUCUAUACUUUUCUUCGUGAAACAGCUCCAGAAGAAGAAGUUAAGAUCAGGCAAAGGAGACAAAGUAAGAAAGUUAACCAGCUUUCCUCCUUUCAUUGAGUUAUCUACGAUUUUGACCUAUUUUCCCGAAAGUUAGCCUCUUAAACCUAAGCUACACCACUAUGGGUUUCUCUAAUUGGUAUUUUCUCAUAAAUUUCGCUUUAAACUUUGAACAAAGUGGAAUGAAAGGAUCUCUAAUCUUACAAUUCUCGAAUUCAUCACGAAAUAUUGUCCAAUUUUGGGCGCAUUCAGAGUCAUUGCAGCUGAGUACAUAGAAACGCGAGGAUCUUGAUCGACGAAUAAAAUCCCUAAAAGGGUUUAUUCUAACUUCGUACAUCCUAUUUUGCGAAAGUAAUCAUAGAGUGUAUAACUUCCUUAGGUGGAAAGCUUGUAAUGAGUUGGUUUUUUUCUCGGAGGGCACGGUAACGAAUCCUGCAGUCUGAUUGCUUCUUAGUGAAGUCCGGAUUUUCUACCGCUACCCGCGGCCGCGUAAUUACAGCCCUAAAUCAUUAAGUUUUAGAAAAAAAAGUAAAAAAUGUUAUUCUCCAGCCUAUAUCGGUUCAUAUUGGGAAACACUGUGCCCGAGGUCUUGAGUACUGGUAACGACGGUACUCAAGACCUCGGGCACAGUUGUUCCCAAAACGGACCUCUAGGCUGGUGAAUAACAUAAUAUUACAUAUAUCCCUACCUUAAAUCUCUUGCUGCAGCCUUAUUUCACGGUAGUGGACUUAUUUUAUUCAGUGUUACUCUCCACGGUCACAUUUUACAUUUUUGUUUUUUCUAAAGAAUAUUGCGAACACAUUUUGAUUCCAUAAAAUUUGUUUCCUUUUAGUGCUAGCUUUUUUUUUUAGAGUGUGAUUGCACAAUUGUCUCGCAAGGACGUAGUUUACUUCUUUCAGAGUCGACCAUUUCGAUCUGAAGUCAAACGAGGAGCCCAUAAAAACAUUCUUAAACGCUUUAACCCCCAGAAGUGAGGUGAAGUUCUCCCAAAAGUUUCAAAAUUUUCAGUCCGAGGCCUUUAUCUUGAUACAACACCAACUUAUCGUUAUUGAUUUACAGGGAAAAUUAUAAUGGGGUGAGUUACAAACACAUUCCUGGCAAUUAAUGGUGGAGGGUUAACGGGAUUUGAACCGUUGUAUGUUCUUUAUAAUAAACUGCGUCGCCAUACUUCUAUGUUCCGAAUAUAAACUACAAUAUGACGGAAAAGAUCUUGAAAACAUUUCAUUACCUCCAUCUUUCGGUUUAAAUGAAGAAUUUUUGGGAAAGGUCUUACUCGACGUUUUCUGGAAAUUUGUCUUGACAGUUACUAUAUCGCCAACUGCGUAUCAUCCCUUUUUGUGACUAACUACAAUGUUCUUCCGCUCCUCUGACAUUCACAUACGCAUUCUAUUUUCAGCUUAAAAGUACAGUAAAAUACAUCUACUUCUACGCUCUUUCCAGCUUGCUUCUGUGUAAUGGUUAAAAAAAUGGGUAGAAUAAAGUUGCUUUCCAUUUAUUAGGUGCCUGCGAGGACCAACUUAAUUACUGCUCUCAAUGGCCAGACAAAUACUGUCAAGACUAUAGAGAUUACAUGAAAAAGAACUGUCCAAGAAAAUGCGGAUAUUGUGGUAAGUAUAAACAGUUAUCGUGAAUAAAUGUUUCCAAAGUGUUUCUAAACUUCGAGCAUUCCCCACCUUCCUUGCGUAAUCCUUGGAUGAAUCAAUUUGAAUAGGUGAAAAAAAAUAUCUUUGCGUUUCCCGACUCGUUUCGCAGAAGGUAGUUCAUAACACAUGAAGUCACCUCGCUCCCUAGCUGAGUAACCUCGCCCAAAGGGAAGUCGUGUCGACCACAAGUGUGACACGUACAUGUACAUCACAUAACAUUUUAUCAAGAUACCAAACGACAACACAGCACCACGUAAAAGCCUGUGAUUUUUGUGAUACUAUUACCAACGCGUACAGACCGACUGUAUGAGUGGAGAGGGACUCCAAAAAAGAGUCAUUUCUCUCGCCUCACCCCUCUUAAGUAGUAGUGAAAAAAGGAUUAUUUGCAAUUUAAUAGCUUUUGGAUAUGAUUGGGCAUCAUUAAGCUUUUCAGCUGUUUUACUAAAGUCGUUUCUAACUAAACUGUGUAUCUACGAAAAAUUUUUUUCAGUUUUUUUCUCCUUUUACCUAAUGUGUGUAAUGCUAAACUUUAGAAUCAAGAAAAAUAUGAAUAAGAUGGGUCUUCUCAGACUUCUUAAUUGUAAAUGUCAUUUAAUGUUGAUUCAAGCUUUCAAAUUACCUAACUAUAGUUUUUUUUUAAUCGCAAUCCCUUACAACCCAUUAGUUGAAGGCUGUUAAUUAACUAAUUUAGGUUUACUUUCAUUAUUUCACUUGAACAGGUGGCCCAACUAAACCUCCAGGUAACUAAAUCUCACUUUACAGAAGUUUCUUUGUUUGUUACUUGUCUUAAAUCAGAGGCGAGUUCGUAAUAACUGAAUCCAAAGUUCUCAAAAAAAUAUUCCAAGACAAAGCCAUGCAGCAAUUAAAUAGCGCUAUAUUUCAUAAGCUUAUUGACCAGUCAGAGAGCUGGACAGUGCAGCUUUCUGAUACAAACACUUUUUUUUAAAGAAACACACAGCGCAAAUGAAACUUUUAUACAUCCGUUGAUUCUCCUUGAUCCCAUAUUCAUCCCUAAACGUAUCUUUGAAACUCAGAAUCAAAAUUUUGGUUUUCACCAACGGAAGUAAUUUUAACGAGAGGAAAACUUAAGUGUUAUGGAAGAGCUCGUUAACUUUUGUAAUUUUUUGGGCUAUUCCUGCAUGCUUCAAGUUGUGCUUUAAGUUAGACAGAUAUUUGAUAUUUAGCAUUUCUUUUUCACAGCUUGUGAAGACAAAAGUCAGUAUUGUUCAGGCUGGAAAAGUAGCGGGUUUUGUGAUCAAUCAAGCCAGUGGCAUAACUACAUGAAGAACAACUGCGGAAAGACGUGUGGCUUUUGCGGAGGAGGAGGAGGAGGAGGAGGAGGAGAAGGAGGCGGUGGUGGCGGCGGCGGCGGCGGCAGCGGUGGCGGCGGCGGCGGCGGCGGCGGUGGUGGUGGCGGCGGUGGAGGAGGAGGCGGUUCGGUUUGUAGUGGUUUGUAUAAAAGUCGUCAUUACCAGUCUCCUAAACACAGUUCCUUCAUUAGAAUUUAUUUCCGUUUUUCCUGUUUAUUUUAAGUUAAUGUGAACUGCCAAAAGGCUUUAUUUGGUGAGGUGUAGCUCGUGGCAGCUACGGUAUUACCACAGAGAUUAACCUUUGACCUUUCGUGCGUAACAUUUGUCCAACAGGUUCGAUUGUAUGGCGUAUUCAAUUAGAAACACCUUACCUUGUUUAGUUUCAAGUUUUCUUUAAAACCGUUUCCAUUUCCUGGACGUUAAAUUCAUAUGUAGUUCACAGCCUAUAACCCUUUAAGACUUUUUAGUCUGUAGAACAUCCCCUCACCAGUAAAAAAGUCAUCCUGUAUGCUUUUUGCACUCGGAACUGAUACUGUGCAGCUGUUUGCUUCAGUAUCAGUGACCCAAUUCCUUGUGUCUUCUUUCGCAGUGAGCAAUGCCAGUGAUAAAGUGAAAAAAUGUACUUUUGAUGAUAGUAUGUGUGACUGGCAUAAUGUUCCGUUUGAUGACGACACGGACUUUGUCAUCAAAAGCAGCAUCUCUGGUGGACCGAGCUCUGGAGCUGGGGGGAGUGGUAAGUGGUUACCAGAAAGAUGAUAUCAGUACAAAUUUGUCUUGUCAGGCGUUUUCAUCAAAAUUAUAAAAAAACUAUAACUAUCAACGGUUUAGUUUUAAGUUUUUACGUACAAGUUAUUUUCCUUCGACGUUUUGUUGUUACUGAAUUAAUAAUCUCUUCAGACAAUACAACUUUUCAAUAAAACCUGGCUCUAGAAGCAGCAAAACCUCAUAAGGUUCACCUUUGUUAUUUGUUUUUUCCCGCAAAAAGUGAUUGCGACUUCUCUUUAACAUUGCAUAAGACAUUUUUGUCACUGGUUUUACUGCUGUAUUAUUGGAACUUUUAACUUUACGUCCUAUAACCUUUUUGUCUUGUUUCAAAUUUUUUCCCGCUUUUUAAUGAAAUGGUAACAGGUCCUCGUAUUAUCCAAUACUGUGAACGUCCUCUGUAUCAUUUUAUCCCUCGGUUAGUAUACGUGCGCUGUGAUUGGUCAAUCUAGCGGGCCGUAUAUCACUGUACGGCUCGCUAAAUUCGAAAGUUUGUUCGAAUUGAACUCUUCCCCUUCCCCCAUUUAAACUCAGAGAUAUAAUAAAUAUCUUGCUAACUUUCUUUUCUUGUUCCGCCCUGUAAGUUACGGAACCCCGUCUUUUCCCGCUCGGAAAGGCUUCGCGCUCGGGCAAUAAAUCCGUGCGGAAAAACUCGGUCUGUAACUUACAGUACGGACCUUGAACUCAAACAGUAAGUGGUUUUUAUAAAAUCGAAUUUUCGCCUCACCGUCCCGUCCCUCCAUUGUGUUGUGUUAUCAAACCAUAAUUUACAUUACUAAUUUACACUGACGGCGAAAACGAGUAACAGCGAGAGUCAAGCAUUGGUAGUAGUUCAAACGAUAACGACAUCCUUGAAAAGAAUAACUCCAUUGGAACAUUGGAAUUUUCUAUGGUUUGUCGUUUUAAAUCUGAUCCGUCAAAAUAAGAUUUGAAUAUAAUUAAAAUGAAAAAGAGAAGGCGGAUUUCAAAGAGAUGACUAGUUACUAUCAUUUUAUUAUCCAAGGUGAGAAACUUGUAGCAACGCUGUAAAAUAAUUCGCCUUUCAGGGAAAUUUCUCGUGACUGAGACAAGUAAUGGCAAGGCGCAACUUCUGAUCCCGUUUGAGUUGGUCCUCGGCAGUCACAACGCAGAUCACGGCACGAUGUGUAUCAGGUUUAACUAUUACAUCACUAGGUUAGUCGCGACUAAUGAGUCAAUUCAAUUUCCUUUUCACAAUAAGAAUUUCUCAAAAGCUUGAAAAAAAAAAAAAAAAAAAAAAAAAACUUACAACAACGUUCAAGAUGGUAGCUGUCAUGUUUAUCCACUAUCUGAAGUCAUACGCUUACGCCCCACCGGAAGAAUGCCUUCCCAAUAGUUUAGUCUUCUUCCCUUCCGCUCACUACACCUUCCCAUCAUCCUCUCCUCCCUUUCUGUCCCAUCUCUCGCUGUCUGCCACCUACUCCGUUAUUAACCCAUCCUAUCUCUUGUAAUAUUUACUAGGCCAAGAACUUUCGAUUAAGGUCAACUUUUUCUAAGCCGCACUUUCCCCUUAAAUAUGCUGUUUAUCAUAGAUGCCCCAUUUUGGACACAUUGGCAAUUACAUAAUGAUUUUUUAAGGCUGUGUAUCUUAUCUAUUCCACCACAGGGGGUCACUGACGUUGUAUAAGAUCGAGAAUAGAAAGGGUUCAAGAAAGACAUCUCUAGCAGCUAUUAGUAAUCAAGGAAAUCAAGGCGUGUGGAAAUGCGAGAAAGUCAGAGUAGAAGUCAGUGUGCAUCGACAGGUGAGUCCCACGAGAACCAGUACCAGUUGA